GGAUAAACGACCUGUCACGCACAGCUCACCUCACCUCGAGCCAGUUGCGAAAGGAAGCGCCCGUCUGCCUUUGCCUCUUGCCUUCGGACAAUCACCCACUCGUUUUACAUUCUUGACCCAUGAAGCCUGCAGCAGCUGGCACCUGAGCACAUGCACACGCACAGGACAGAACAACACUGACGCAGCAUGAUCCGUCACGCACCCCAGUCUUCACAAUGUAUUGCCAAAAGUGUCGCACCCCUCUAAAGCUUGAUAACUCCUUGUCAGAGCUCAACCCGGCCGCAUAUGACUUGCUAGUAGCUGCAUCAUCACAGCACCAGCCCAAGAAGCCCCUCCCCCAGCCCGUAAUUCCUCCAACAUAUCCGCAGCAUGAGGAGAGACGGGGACUCUACGAUAAGAUCGCAAAAAACACUCCUACCGCCAUGUUCAGGAAGCCUGCAAACCCUCAGAGACCCGAGAACUCUUUUGUCUUCCUCACCGAGUCCCAAGUAGGUCCGCCGCGACUUGCGCCCCCGAGGGAGCAACCGAGUCCGAGACAACGGAGGCGCGAGUCUUCUGCCGGCGAUAGCACUGCCAAAGAUGGCCAUGCAGCCCAGCCGCAUCAAGCCGAGCGCAUCAAUAAGCUCUUCGAGAUCUUGUCCGCCCGCUCCGACAUCGACCAUCCUGUCUGUGUGGAGUGUACCGAGAUGCUCGUCGAUGGCUUACAAAAGAGGCUAGAGAACACCACCAGGGAACGCAACAUUUACGCCGAUUACUUGAAACUGCUACAGGUUGAUGUCCCGACCGACGAGGAUGUAUCCGCUUCCAAAAGCGCCCUCGACAAGGCCCAGCGAGACGAGACAGAUGCCUUCGAGGCCCUCCUGCGGCUGGAGGAACAAAGAGAGCACCUCGACAAGGAAAUGAUCGCUCUCGAGGAGGAAGCCCGAUCUAUCGAUGCGGAAGAAGAACGGUUCUGGAGAGACCGCAACGCUUUCACCUCCAAGCUGUCAGAGUUUCAAAAUGAGCGGGAUAGCAUCAACUCAAGAUUUGACCACGAUUCACAGCAGCUGCUCAAACUACAGCGGGCCAAUGUCUACAAUGACACCUUCUCCAUACAUCAUGACGGCAAUUUUGCCACCAUCAACGGUCUACGGCUUGGCAGGUUAUCAGGCAUCCCAGUCGACUGGCCCGAGAUUAAUGCUGCCUGGGGACAGUCGCUCCUGCUGAUUGUCACCGUUGCCGAUAAGCUUGGGUGCAAGUUCGAGAAUUAUGAGCCACAACCCAUGGGCUCAACAUCCAAGAUCAUCCGCUACGAGCACCCUUCGCCCUCUUCCAGCCGCUUAGGCUCUCGAGGUGGGCCUCCUCCGGCACCCAAGAAACAUGUCCUGGAGCUGUUCUCGUCCGGUGAUUUGCCCCUGAAUCUUCUGUGGCACCGCAAGUUCGACACCGCCAUGGUAGCAUUUCUCGAAUUAGUGAGACAGCUGGGCAGCCACGUCCAAAAUCAGACCCAGGCGACUGCUGAGAGAGACGGUUAUGCCACUCCGCCUUUGGCAUUACCAUACAAAAUCGAAGGCGAUAAGAUCGGCGACGAUCGAAUCGGCCACUACAGUAUCAAAUUGGGCAUGAACAAUGACGAGCUAUGGACAAAGGCCUGCAAAUUUGUACUUACGUGUUGCAAAUUCUUAAUUGCGCAUGCUAGUAAUGUCAGCCAUGCUCAGAACCAGAAUCAGAAUGGCCGAUAGUUUUCUUGAUUUAAUCCGUUCGAUAUAGCGAGGCGUCUGGAGUUGUAGAAAUGCAACUAUCGAUUUCAUAUCAUAGAGUACAGCAAUCAUUGUGACCACGCAGUUCCGAUCGGCUUCGGCUUCGGUAUAGUCUGACAAUUUAAACACAGAGCCAAUGGCGAUCAACCGGCUACGUGCGGAUGUUAACACAGCAUAGGGUUCCACUUCUUCUCAAAGAUUGCAUAGUCGGAUCCACAACCCGACCAUGGGACCGGAUGGUCAGCCCGACCACUGCCUUUCAUUGACUCAAAAAUUCCAUAGUGAGAC